AUGAAUGAUAACCAGAGCGAAGAAACAGAAAGGUGGGAUUCGUCUGCCUCCCUCUGUGUGCCGUCUGCCUCCCUCUGCGUGCUGUCUGCCUCCCUCUGCGUGACGUCUGCCUCCCUCUGUGUGACGUCUGCCUCCCUCUGUGUGACGUCUGCCUCCCUCUGUGUGACGUCUGCCUCCCUCUGUGUGCCAUCUGCCUCCCUCUGUGUGACGUCUGCCUCCCUCUGUGUGACGUCUGCCUCCCUCUGUGUGCCGUCUGCCUCCCUCUGUGUGCCGUCUGCCUCCCUCUGCGUGCUGUCUGCCUCCCUCUGCGUGCCGUCUGCCUCCCUCUGUGUGACGUCUGCCUCCCUCUGUGUGACGUCUGCCUCCCUCUGUGUGCCGUCUGCCUCCCUCUGUGUGCCGUCUGCCUCCCUCUGUGUGACGUCUGCCUCCCUCUGUGUGCCAUCUGCCUCCCUCUGUGUGCCGUCUGCCUCCCUCUGUGUGACGUCUGCCUCCCUCUGUGUGACGUCUGCCUCCCUCUGCGUGACGUCUGCCUCCCUCUGCGUGACGUCUGCCUCCCUCUGCGUGACGUCUGCCUCCCUCUGUGUGCCGUCUGCCUCCCUCUGCGUGCUGUCUGCCUCCCUCUGCGUGACGUCUGCCUCCCUCUGUGUGACGUCUGCCUCCCUCUGUGUGACGUCUGCCUCCCUCUGUGUGCCGUCUGCCUCCCUCUGUGUGCCGUCUGCCUCCCUCUGUGUGACGUCUGCCUCCCUCUGUGUGACGUCUGCCUCCCUCUGUGUGCCGUCUGCCUCCCUCUGUGUGCCGUCUGCCUCCCUCUGUGUGACGUCUGCCUCCCUCUGUGUGCCGUCUGCCUCCCUCUGUGUGACGUCUGCCUCCCUCUGUGUGCCAUCUGCCUCCCUCUGCGUGACGUCUGCCUCCCUCUGUGUGACGUCUGCCUCCCUCUGCGUGACGUCUGCCUCCCUCUGUGUGACGUCUGCCUCCCUCUGUGUGCCGUCUGCCUCCCUCUGUGUGCCGUCUGCCUCCCUCUGUGUGACGUCUGCCUCCCUCUGUGUGCCGUCUGCCUCCCUCUGUGUGACGUCUGCCUCCCUCUGCGUGACGUCUGCCUCCCUCUGUGUGACGUCUGCCUCCCUCUGCGUGACGUCUGCCUCCCUCUGUGUGACGUCUGCCUCCCUCUGUGUGACGUCUGCCUCCCUCUGUGUGCCGUCUGCCUCCCUCUGUGUGCCGUCUGCCUCCCUCUGUGACGUCUGCCUCCCUCUGUGUGACGUCUGCCUCCCUCUGUGUGCCGUCUGCCUCCCUCUGUGUGACGUCUGCCUCCCUCUGUGUGCCCUCUGUCUCCCUCUGAACCGCACCCUCUUGGGCUCGGCGUUUUUCCUCUCGGGGUUGGUUCUUGUUGUGAUUGGCUGGACAAUUGUUGGCAUGGCCAUCCAAGCAUAUGGCUUCGUUCUACUCUUCAGCGGCUUUCUUCCCACUCUUCUCGUUUUCGUGCAACGGAUUCCUGUGCUGGGAUGGCUGCUGGAUCAACCGUACAUGCGUCAGAGCGCAGCGGCGAUUUUGAAGGAGUUCGGAGUGGUUCUGGCAAAAGUGGAUGCGACCAAGUAUGCGGAUCUUAGCGAGAAAUACAACGUGGAGGGUUUCCCUACGAUUGUGUUCAUCUCUGACGGAGAGUCGAAGCCGUUCAAUGGCGGACGGACAAGCGCUGAAAUCGUCUCAUGGGUGAAGAAGAAGAUCGGCAUGGGGGUGGCCACCUUCACUGCAGCCGACGUCGCCAAAGCGGCUCCUCUCAUCGAAUCCUCCGCGGCGGUUACCGUUGGCUUUUUCGCUUCUUCCGAUGCACCAGAGGCUGUUGCGUUUAACGAAGCAGCCAAGGAGACGGACGGCGUGGAGUUCGUGCUGACGACUGACGCCGACGUCGCUGCUGCGUUCGGCCUGGCCAAGGACAAGAAGCCCGCCGUUGCGAGUGUUAAGAAGGAAGAGGAGAAAUUCGUCGUCUUCGACGGCGAGUAUACCAAAGAGGCCAUUGCCGCGUUUGUGACAGCCAACAAGCUGCCGCUGCUCAUCACCUUUUCUGAGGAGACCUCGGCCGGCAUCUUCGCAGGGGAUAUCAAGAAGCAGGUGAUGCUGUUCGCCCCGCACGAGGACUACCUCAAGGUCGAGCCGGCGGUGGCGGCAGCAGCGAAGCAGUUCAAGGGCGAGCUGGUGUUUGUGUUUGUCAACGGGUCGGACUCGGAGUCGCAGCCAGUGCACGAGUACUUCGGCACGGACCCCAAGGAGACCUCGGUGAUGGGCUUCUUUAUGGGGGAUGAAGAGGACCCCGCGUCCACAGCUGGGGGGCUCAAGUACCGCAUGAAGGAGGCGAUCACUGAGGCCAGCAUCAAGGAAUUCGCCAAGAGCUUCAUUGCUGGGGAUCUGAAGCCCUUUUACAAGUCCGAGCCUGCUCCUGAGAAGAACGACGGCCCAGUGACUGUGGUGGUGGGCGAUACUUUCGAGGAGAUUGUGCUGGACGAGAGCAAGGACGUGCUGCUGGAGGUGUACGCCCCCUGGUGCGGCCACUGCAAGUCGCUCGAGCCCACCUACAAGAAGCUGGGGAAGCGAUUCGCGUCGGUGGACUCUGUUGUGAUUGCCAAGAUGGACGGCACGGCCAACGAGUACCCUGGGCUGGAGGUUGAGGGUUUCCCAACCAUCUUCUUCUAUCCGGCAAACAAGAAAUCCGACCCAGUGAAAGUGCAAGCCACGAAGCUGAAGCAGUUCAUCAAGGUGAUUGUUGAGAACGCUGCAAUCAAGUUUGAACUGCCUGCCAAGGAGAAGGAAUCAGCAGCAGCAGCUGACGCAGAGGCAACUGCUGAUGCUCCUGGGGAAGAUGUGAAGGACGAGCUAUGA